GCGUCGGCCUUCCUUUUGCUGAGGGCGUCGUCUGCAUCGGAUCAGGAGCCAUGGCAUCGUCGAGGUUCUCUUGCAACGCAGUUUUCUGUGGACUGGUUCUUUUUGUAGCUGUAUUGGUGCUUACGGUGCAAGCGACGGACAGUGGACGCCGGUUUAGGACUUUCCAGCCGUGCAAUUCUACCAAGUACAGUACUCUUCCUGCAAAGUUGUUCCUGAAAGGCUGUGAGGAGAAGCCCGUCUGCCCGCUGUACCGCGGAGACAGCGUGACCAUGGAAGUUCAAUUCGUCUCACCCAUCGACACCACCAGCGUGUACCGGUCCAUGUACGGCUGUUUCGGAGCCUCUCGACGGCGCCGGGAAACCCGUGUUCGCUAUGGCCGUGAAGUCAACGUCUGCAACGUUACUGCGUCUGCAAGUGGGGAGAGCUGUACGCAGAACCAUGGACUAAAGCAAGGGGUUGAAUACAUACAAAGUGGGACUUUCAGAGUGAUGCAAUACUUCCCCAAGGUAUCUGUGAACGUGGAAAUCGAAUUAUACGCCAAGGAACGGCGCAUUGUGAAGCCCCUCGCCUGCGUCCGGGUUCCGGUUCAGAUCAUGGACCGUUCCUGAAGAACUGACCUCGUCCAAACUACAACCGCUCCUGGUCUAAUAAAAAUUGCCCUCGUGAAUA